AUGCAAGGUCUGACGGAAAUCUACAUGGUUUACAGCUUUUCUCGCGGACUGGAAGAAGGCAAGUUCUCCAGACUGGUCCCUGACUACAUCUUCUACUUUCUGAUCAUCUUGCCCAUCAUCGUGAUCACCACGUUUCUGACCAUGCCGUCGAUCACUUCCUCGACCCCUGCGCUGUUGUCGGCGCUCACAUACACCUGGUGUGUGGCCAACUACGACCAGACAGUCAACUUCUACUUCAUGCAGAUCAAGGCGUCGUUGCUGCCUGCGGUGUUUUUGGGCUUCAGACUGCUUGUGGACGGCCGGUUCAGUUUCUUUAUGGCCAUAAUUGGCAUGUGUGCGGCUUACCUCUACAAUUGUAUCGAGACUUCCUCAUUUGGACCCUUGAUGACCAUGAUCAACGGCGAACAACGCCUCGAGCCUUCCCACCGCGUGGGGACAACAACUACAACAACUCACACCGUCUGGUACUAUUCCCAGGGAUACUUGAGCGCGCCCCGGUGGCUCAAGACCGUGGUGUCCAAACUGUCCGGAAUCGACUACAACUCCAAAGUGCUGCAGAGACCGUACGGAUUGGUGUACCAGCCGAAAAGAGCCACGUCGCCGCAAGCCAAGGCCAACCAGACCUCCUUCCUACGCCGUGUAUCCAACAAUGCGUUCCAAGGUCGUGGCCAGCGUCUCGGAUCGGUCCAGGACUGA